UAGAGUUACAGAAUUGUGAGCAGCCAUGUGGGUGCGGAGAAGUGAUCCAGAGCCCUCUGCAACAGCAGCAAAUGUUCUUGUACUUUAAAAUAUUUCUGGAGCUUAAGAACUAGAACGCACUACGUUGAGACCCCACCCUUUAAAUUGUUUCUCAGCUUGGACCUCUACAGUAAAGCAGAAAGGACAAGACCCUUUUUAACUGGGCUAACCAUGGAAAUUAAGGCAGUUCAGUUUGGUGGUCUUAACCCCUAAAAAGGGCUCCUCUCCAGGCUUUGAAUUCAAGGCCCUGGUUUGUUUUUUUGUUUGUUUGUUUUUUGUUUUUACAAUUUAUUCACUUUGUAUUCCAGCUGUAGCCUCCUCCUUUGUCCCCUCCCUCUUCUCCCAUGCCCCUCCCCUAGUCCACUGAUAGGGGAGGUCCUCCUCCCCUACCAUCUGACGCUAGCCAAUCAGGUCUCAUCAGGACUGUCUGCUUUGUCUUAAGGCCCCUAUUUUUGAUGCAGAGACCGUAAAUCAACUUUGCAUAAGGCAAGGAAACUGGCCCUUGUUUUGGCCCGAGCCCGGAAAAUUUUAUUCCGGAACGUUUGUUUCUGGGCUUUCAGAUGUCCGGAUUCUAUUGAGCGUUGCGCUACGACUGAGCUGGUUGUCAAGGCGACGCCAGGGAAGAUGGCUGCGACAUCUUCAUCGGAUUCUGACAGCGGGCGAGCUGAGAGCCACGAAGCCAAUUCGAAAUGGCUGGACGCACACUACGACCCCAUGGCCAACAUCCACACUUUCUCCUCCUGCCUAGCUCUGGCAGAUUUGCAUGGCGACGGGGAGUACAAGCUGGUGGUGGGAGACCUUGGCCCCAGUGGGCAGCAGCCCCGCCUGAAGGUGCUCAAAGGACCCACAGUACUGACAGAAAGCCCACUGCCUGCCCUGCCAGCCUCCGCUGCCACCUUCCUCAUGGAGCAGCAUGAGCCCAGGACCCCUGCCCUAGCCCUCGCCUCAGGGCCUUGUGUCUAUGUGUAUAAGAAUCUUCGACCCUACUUUAAAUUCAGCCUGCCCCAGUUGCCUCCAAACCCUUUGGAACAAGACCUUUGGAACCAAGCCAAAGAGGACCAGAUCGACCCCUUAACUCUGAAGGAGAUGCUGGAGGGCAUCAGGGAAAAGGCAGAGAUACCUUUGUCUGUACAGUCGCUCAGGUUUCUGCAGCUGGAGCUGAGUGAAAUGGAGGCAUUUGUGAACCAGCACAAGUCCAAGGUUAUCAAGCGGCAGACAGUCAUCACCACUAUGACCACCCUGAAGAAGAACCUGGCUGAUGAGGAUGCAGUGUCCUGUCUGGUGCUAGGCACCGAGAACAAGGAACUCCUCGUUCUUGACCCUGAGGCUUUCACCAUUUUGGCCAAGAUGAGCCUGCCCAGUGUCCCCGUCUUCCUGGAUGUGUCUGGCCAGUUUGAUGUGGAGUUCCGGCUGACCGCUGCCUGCCGAAAUGGGAGCAUCUAUAUCCUGAGAAGAGACUCCAAACACCCCAAGUACUGCAUCGAGUUGAGUGCCCAGCCUGUGGGGCUGGUCCGAGUCCACAAGAUCCUGGUGGUGGGCAGCACCCAAGAGAGUCUGCAUGGCUUCACCCACAAGGGAAAGAAGCUGUGGACAUUGCAGAUGCCUGCAGCCAUCCUGACCAUGAACCUACUGGAGCAGCGAUCCCGGGGCUUGCAGGCUGUCAUGGCUGCUCUGGCCAAUGGGGAAGUCCGAAUUUACCGUGACAAGGCCCUGCUUAAUGUCAUUCGUGCACCUGAUGCAGUAACCAGCCUUUGCUUUGGCCGAUACGGGCGAGAGGACAACACCCUCAUCAUGACUACUCGAGGUGGUGGCCUGAUCAUCAAGAUCCUGAAGCGUACGGCGGUGUUUGUGGAAGGGACCGGUGAGGUGGGCCCACCACUAGCACAGACUACGAAACUCAAUGUGCCCCGAAAGACCCGGCUGUAUGUGGAUCAGACCCUGCGAGAGCGGGAAGCCGGCACAGCCAUGCACCGGACCUUCCAGACAGAUCUCUAUCUGCUGCGCCUGCGGGCUGCCAGAGCCUACGUACAGGCCCUGGAGUCCAGCCUGAGCCCCAUGUCAACCACAGCUCGGGAGCCACUCAAGCUGCAUGCUGUGGUAAGCACUCAGGUUCAAGGCCUGGGUCCCAUCUUUAAGCUCACACUUCACCUUCAGAACACCUCAACAGCUCGGCCAGUACUGGGCCUGCAGGUCUGCUUUCUGUACAAUGAGGCACUCUAUGCCCUGCCCCGGGCCUUCUUCAAGGUUCCCUUGCUGGUGCCAGGACUCAGUUACCCAUUGGAGACCUUUGUGGAGAGUCUCAGUAGCAAGGGCAUCUCAGACAUGAUCAAGGUGCUAGUGCUCCGGGAAGGCCAGAGUGCGCCCCUGCUGAGUGCCCACAUCAACAUGCCUAUGAGUGAGGGGCUGGCAGCCGCCUGAACCCUGGACCAGCAUUCAAGCUUCCGCAGAAUGGAGCCAGCCAGAUGCAGUGACUUCCAGCGUCUUAGGCCACUUUCCCCGACAGCAGUGUAGAGAGCCAUCGGUUCCCUGUUCCUCUCCGCAACAGUCCCUUGCUCCCCUCCUCUGCCACUGGGCCUCAGCAAAAAGACAGGGAGUGCUCAGAAUCAGCUCCUCUUUCCUCAGGACCCAAGCACUGUCCCUUAGUUCCUGCUGCCUACCACCUCCACAGCUCUUGAAAGAAACCUCACCAGGUCCCAGGAGGAGAUCUGGGGUACAGAAGAUCUGGGAUAUGUCCAGGUGGGCAUAGGCCCAGCCCUUCUUCCCUCCCCUCAUCUGUUGCAGAUCAAGCCCACAACAGGUCAAGGGCAUGGCCUGGGAAACUGGUUGAGACUGAGCCCCCUGAUGCUCUUUGAGGUUUCAGGGACAUGGCUGCUGCCAGCUUAGCUCACAGGCACAUGUACUAAGUUUUCUCAGCUGAAAGAGGGGCUCCACUUUCUACCCUGCAGCCAAGGAGUCAUUGAGCUGUCCCCAGGUUUUAGACUAAACACAGAGAUUGUUAGAGGAGGGGGUACAAGAGGAAGAGGGGGUCCAUGUGGGGAGCUAGAGACCAGCCCCAGCCAGACCUCCCACACAGCAGCUGCUCCUGACCUGGAUGCCUAUCUCCAGAGACAGUGUUCCUGAUAUGGAAUGCCAAGCUAGAAGGCAGAGCUAGGGCUGAUGGCACCAGGAGAGCUGUUUGUCGGACCUCGGAAGUGGCCCAAGAGGCAGGUGCCUAUAGGUGCCUGUCAGGAUGCACUUAGGCCAAGGUACCCAAGAUGGCCCUGAGGUCACUGAAAAGGCACAUACCAGAGGUAUGGAAUGAAGCUGAAGACUAAAGGAAGAUGUGUUUAGAUCCCAAGUGCUAGGACCCCUGGCCCUCUCAACGCCCAUUCUGAAUCACUUGAGAAACCGGAGUCCUGCUUCUUGGAGACCAACAUUUUCUCCAGUGUGACCAAGUUUAGCCUGAUGUGUGGUGUAGAGCUCAGGCUUGCGGACUUCCACCUCCUCUCUAGUAUAAGAAGGCAGUUUGACUGCAUUAAUUCUAAACCACUGUCAGCUCGAGUAUGGUCAAAGCUUGGCAACUCCUCAGGAGGAAGGGAAGAACUAGUCCAAAAAGGUGAUACUGAACUGCACAGCUUUUGUCCACAAAACCAAUGUCUCCAAGGUGGCCACUACUGCCCAAUAACAGCUUCUGUGCCUGCUUGGGGACCAGGGUGACACUGACCACUUGACCCUUCCAAAGAGUACAUUGGGGGCCAGGCUAAGAGACACUUGGGCUUGGACCAAAGAAACAGCCCAACCUCUUUCCCAUAUUGCCCAUCCCCUCACAGACAGGCACUACCUGAGCAAGGAUGGCAAAGGGUUUCUUUCCCCAUCAUCCAGCAGAGGCAUAGCUGGAAUAAGCAGGAGGUCUGACUGGGGAAAAGGGGUGGAGGGAGUGUUGCUGUCGGUCAGAAAACCAGCCUAACCCGCAGAACUAAACAGGGAUGGAAGGUCUGCCCAAGGUGUUGAGCUGCUCGUAACUGGCAUAUGAAUGGGCCUGUGUGGUCACAGCGCCAGGCUGCAUACUGGAACGUGUAACAUUCCAGUCCCUUUCACCUCAGUUAAGCUGUGAAAUCAGAACAAAACUAUUUGAUGUGUGCUUUCUCCAUAGCUACUCCUGAUGAUACAAGGGGAGAAACAUAUGCCUAGGCCCUACCAUGAAACACCAUGCCGUACAGUACUUGGUUAGUAAGACGCGUGACAUGCACCUUCGUGGACUUAAGGGAGCGUGAAACAUAAUCAGUAGAGCAGCAGUACACACAGGAGCAGGAGUUCUGAGAUGUGAACAUUAAGGAUGAGGAGCGUGUCUCUUUAAAAACACUUAUUUGAAACACACCCAUGGAGUGAUCUAGAAUGGGCUAUUUAAAAUAAAAUGGCCUCUUCCCAUUCCACAGGAUCAUUCCUGUACUGCCAUUUUCAUGAACUAUUUUAAAAAUACAUAUAUACUAUUUUUUUAAAGAUUCUUUUGUGUACGUGUUGGGUUUAUGUCUGUGAGUCCAGGUGCCCAAGGAAGCCAAAUGAGAGUGUUGGCUCUCCAGGAGUUACAGGGGUUGUGAGCUGCCCAGGGUGGGUGCUGGCAGCCAACCUGGGUCCUCUGCAAGAGUGAGGGCUCUGAAGAGACGUCUCUCCAGCCAGUGCUUCAGUUAUCAGUCUUAGACAAUCUCGGUUGACUCCCUGCUGGAGUCCUUAGUGCCCUCGAGACCCCUCCCCUGCUCUCCACGCUUUGGGAAACCAAUACUCGAUGUUUAUAUUGAUUUGUGAAAGUCUUAGUGUUGGUAGAUUGUACUUGUGGAAUGUCUAGAAUUUACCCCUGUUCAUUCACAUGCUGAUUUCUCUCCCCCACUCUCUGGUUUCAAUCCAGACAUUGCAUCAUGUUUAUUCUAAGCAACACCUGUCUCAAGUUUGUGUAAAUAUGCCACCAUUUGUUCUCUGUAUUAUCAAUAAAACAAACCAGUGCUGA